UUCGCCGUGUGUCUAAUUUCACGACAGUUCAUUGUUUCAGGACGCACGCUCCCGACGAAAAGUGAAAUCGAUAUUGUGGUGCCAGUGGUAACGAUGGUACAGUUUGUUUUUUACGUCGGAUGGAUGAAAGCUGCCGAAGUUCUUCUGAAUCCGAUGGGUGACGAUGACGAUGACUUCGAAUGUAAUUUCCUACUCGACAAAAAUCUUGCGACGUCGUUGAGUAUUGUUGAUGAGACACACGACGAUGCGCCACCGGUGCAA